AUGACUUCGAUAUUUUAUUCUGGACUUUCAAAAGAUUUUUCUUUAUUAUUAAAUAAUGCGGAUGAUUUUAACGUUAUUAUUCAAGUAGGAGAAGUUAACAAUACAAAAGAAUUUAGAGCACAUUCAGUUAUUUUACGUGCUCGUUCUCCAUAUUUUAAAAGUGCACUUUCAAACGAAUGGAUUACAAAAAGGAAUGAUAUGAUUGUGUUUAAUAAACCAAAUAUUACUCCAUUAAUUUUUGAUAUGGUCUUAAAGUAUAUUUAUACAGGCGAACUUAACUUGAAAAAGUAUUCAGGUGAAAAUAUUCUUGAGCUUCUAAUUGCAUCUGAUGAAUUAAUCCUUGAGGAAUUAUUUGAACAUAUUCAAGAUUAUUUAAUUAAUAAUCAAACAUCCUGGAUUCAAGAAAAUUUUGUUCUUGUCCUUCAUACUGUAUUUAAACUUGUGAGCUGUAAGAAAUUACAAGAUUAUUGCCUUGAAUCUAUUUGUACAGAUCCACGACCAUUUAUUACUUCAAAAAAUUUCCCCUCAUUAGAUAAAGACAUUCUCUAUGGUUUACUUAAACGGGAUGAUAUGCAAAUUGAUGAAGUUAGUGUUUGGGAUAGUUUAAUUAAAUGGGGUAUUGAACAAACUCCUGGUUUGGGUAAUAAAAAUAAUGAUAGAACCAAAUGGAAUAAUAUAAAUUAUGAAGCAUUAAAGAAAACUUUAAAUCAAUUUAUUCCUCAUAUUAGGUUUGUAGAAAUUUCACCUUCUGAAUAUUUUGAUAAAGUUCGACCUUAUAAAGCUAUUAUUCCUAAUCAUAUUUAUGAAGAAAUUGAAGAAUUUUAUUUUAAAGGUACUUUACCAAAAACUUUUACUUUAUCACCAAGAGUUGGAAAAAUUCGUAUUGAAUCAGAUAUUAUUAAACCAAUACUUAUUCCUACAAUUAUUAAUUGGAUUAAUAAAAGAGAAGCAAAAUCUUUUCUUAAUAAAAAUGAUUCAUCAUAUAAAUUUAAUCUUAUUUAUCGAGGUAGUAUAGAUGGAAUUGAUUCUAAUUUAUUUAGAAAUAGAUGUAAAUCACAAGAACCAAUAUUAAUUUUAGUUAAAUGUCAAAAUUUAAAAAAAAUAUUUGGUGGUUAUACUCCAGUUGGAUUUUAUAGAUAUUUAUCAAAUAGUUGGAAUAAUAAUUAUUAUAUUUAUUCAACCGAUAGUUUUAUUUUUUCUUUUGAAGAUAAUGAUGAUAAUCAAAAUAUGAAAAUAAGUCGUGUAACAUCACAUAAUUAUGCUAUUUAUAAUAAUUAUUAUGAUGGUUAUGGAUUUAGUUUUGGAAGUGGUGAUUUAUAUAUGGAAGAAGAAAGUUUAUGUGUUGAUAAUAGUGGUGGUUAUUAUGAACAUAAUUUAAAUAGUUAUGGUACUUAUACAAUUGAAGAGAUUGAAGCUUUUAGAGUAGUAAAACAAUAA